AACCCUCCCGGUCUCCUCAUCGCUAGCAAAAACCUCGCCUAAAUUCGACCCCAAAAAAUCGAGGAAAAAGAGAACAAAAUCCAGACCAGCUCGCAGUCGCCAUGGCCGUCGAGGUGUGCGUGAAGGCCGCCGUCGGGGCCCCCGACACGCUCGGUGACUGUCCCUUCUCGCAGAGGGUGCUGCUGACCCUGGAGGAGAAGAAGGUGCCCUACGAGAUGAAGCUCAUUGACCUCAGCAACAAGCCCGACUGGUUUCUGAAGAUCAGCCCAGAGGGGAAGGUCCCUGUGUUUAACAGUGGUGAUGGCAAAUGGAUUGUUGAUUCUGAUGUGAUCACUCAAGUCAUUGAGGAGAAGUUCCCAAGUCCAUCUCUUGUAACUCCUCCUGAGUAUGCAUCAGUGGGAUCGAAGAUUUUCCCAUCCUUUGUCAAGUUCUUGAAGAGCAAGGAUCCUAAUGAUGGUUCGGAGAAGGCACUUCUUGAUGAGCUGCAGGCACUAGAUGAGCAUCUCAAAGCUCAUGGUCCUUACAUCAACGGGGAGAACGUAUCGGCUGUUGAUCUUAGCCUGGGGCCAAAGCUCUUCCACCUCCAGGUUGCGCUGGAGCAUUUCAAGGGCUGGAAGAUCCCGGAAAACCUAACCAGCGUCCAUGCGUACACCAAGGCCCUUUUCAGCCGUGAAUCCUUUGUCAAGACUAAGCCAUCUAAGGACCACUUGAUUGCGGGAUGGGCACCGAAGGUGAACGCAUAAGCUCCUGCCCCCUUGCGCUUUGGUGCUACUUGGACACCAUCAGCUUAUGUAGCUUGAAUGCAUGAUUGGGUUGGAAUAAUGCAGCACCAUGUUUCUGAGUGCUUUGUUUUCGUUGUUAACUUGUUAUUACAAGUGUGCACCUUUUAUAUGGACCAUUCCUUGCCGGUUUCAUGUGAGACCUUGUGAUCUUAUGCUAUGAAAUUGCGCAUCUACUGUAAUGUAAUGUAAACUUUGGUAUCAAAUAAUGGAGCUGCUUCUAUGCUUGCGUGUA